AUGUCGCAGCAAGGCACGUUGUCGUCCAAAGAGACACCUCAGCGCAAGGCGGCCCCGCGCUUCACCGAGGACGAAAAAAGUGUGCUGAUCGAUCUUGGAUGGGACGACGUCAGCUUCCACGGCUCGUCACAGAUCCCGACGCCUAACUUGGACGCCUUGGCUGCAGACGGCGUCAUACUGAACAACUACUACGUCACGCCGUACUGCACGCCAUCGAGGGCUGCCCUAAUGACGGGACUGUACCCGAUACGCACAGGUAUGCAGGGCGUGCCGAUUGAUAUAGGUGAGCCGUGGGGGCUGCCGACCGACGUGCGUAUUCUACCUGAGUACCUGAAAGAGUUCGGCUACGAGACACACCUGGUUGGAAAGUGGCACCUGGGAUCUUACAAGGAGAGUCUUACGCCAACGUGCCGGGGAUUCGACAGCUUUUACGGCUUCUACUACGGAGAGGGGGACUAUUACUCUCACACCAUCAACUAUGUACGUCACGGGGAUCCUAUGAUCGUCUUUCAUUACGUGACGGUUUGCCUACUUGCUUCGUCGGCGUCGCCAUGUCGGAAGUCGAAGCCACACAUUGUGUUCCUCCUUGCCGAUGACCUGGGAUGGAGCGACGUCAGCUUUCACGGUUCCUCUCAGAUUCCGACACCCAACCUGGACGCCUUGGCUGCCGACGGCGUCGUACUGAAUAACUACUACGUUCAACCGUACUGCACUCCAUCAAGGGCUGCCCUAAUGACGGGACUUUAUCCCAUACGCACAGGUAUGCAGGGUACGCCAAUUGGAGCUGCUCAACCUUGGGGCCUCUCCGAGAACGUGCAAAUUAUGCCUCAGUACCUCAAGGAACUUGGGUAUGAAACUCAUUUGAUCGGAAAGUGGCACCUGGGUUAUUACAAGGAGCGUAUGACUCCAUCGCAGAGGGGAUUCGACAGUUUUUACGGCUUCUACAACGGCGAGGAAGACUACUACACCCACAACCUGACCUUUGAAAGCCACAACGGUCAUGAUUUCUGGUGCAACAAGGAGCCGUUGUUCACAGACAUCGGAACCUAUUCAACUACGCUUUUCACUAGAAGGGCAGAGUACAUCAUCAACAAUAACAGAAGGUGCCAGCCCCUUUUUCUUGUAAUGAGCUACCAGGCAACCCACUCAGGAAUCUUAAAGGCUUUCCAGGCGCCGCAGGAAAACAUUGCCAAGUUUUCGUACAUUGGAGAGGAGAACAGAACAAUUUUUGCGGGUAUGGUGGACGCCUUGGACCAGUCCGUCGGUCAGGUGGUGAGGGCGUUAAGCGACGCGGGAAUGCUGGAGAACAGCGUAAUCGCCUUCAGCAGCGACAACGGCGGUGCACCUUACGGCCCUCACAAUUCCCGCGGCUUCAAUUGGCCGCUUCGCGGAGCCAAAGGAACAGUCUGGGAAGGUGGCACCAGGGCGGCCGCGUUCGUCUGGAGUCCUCUGCUCGUUCGGAGACGUCGGGUGUCCAGCGAACUGAUGCACAUCACCGACUGGUUACCUACAUUCUACUCGAUUGCAGGAGGCAACGCUGCCAAGCUCCAAUUGGACGGCUACGAUAUGUGGCGGCAGUUGUCCUUCGGUGCGAGAUCUCCUCGCGUCGAACUGCUCUACAACUACGACUACACGUUUUCGAAUGCCACUGCGCUGCGGAACUCACGGUACAAGCUGGUUCUGGACGCUACGGGCUACUUCAACGGGCGCUACGCCAUAGCCGGCGGGAGCAAUACGUGCCGGGACUUGGACAGCCUGCUGGACGAUUCUACAGUGGCCCGUGAGCUUAGGGUUCUGUACAAGAAGAGUCGCCUGCCUCUGUCGACGAACUGGAGGAAUAAGGCAACGCUCGGAUGCGGUAGAGGCAGAACAAACUUCUCGCCCGACAGCGGUGUCUACCUCUUCGAUAUCGUCAACGACCCCUGCGAGUUGAACAAUUUGGCCAGCGCCCUUCCACGUGUGGUGGCGUCCCUGAAGAAACGGAUAGACGUAUACCGGGCAGCCGCCGUACCUACGCGGAACAACCUGACCGUUGACCCUGAUGCUUUUCCCGAAAACCACAACGGCGUCUGGGCGCCUUGGGCGAAACCUUUAGUGACCGAUUAA